ACUUAAACACUCUCUGAUGAAGCUAAAGUAGUGAGAUAGCUCAUUGGUACAACGCCACCUCGAUGCCGUCUUGUUUAUAGUUGGUUAGACACAAAAUGUUAUCUUUAGGCUGAAAUUAGUGCCAGCAGUCGGUUGGUGUCUGUGAACAUGAGUGUCGCAGGGAAAAUGUGGCGUGCGUCCGGUCUCCGCUCGGUGUUUACAUAGUUUCUUCUGUACUGAUUUCCGCCCUUUAGCAUCGCCCAUCGCUCGCACCACCAUCCAGCAGCGAUGUGCAAGGAGGGGGACGAGGCGCAGGACGACUGCGGCUCCCGGGAGGAGUGGACGCUCCUGUUCUGGACAUCUCUGGCCGUCAUGAUCCCGGUCAUCAUCACACUGUGGUGCAGCGCCCAGCGCUCCAAACGGAAAACGCACAUGAAAGAUUUUUUCCGUAAGAGCAAACACGGCUGGCACUACACGGACCUGUUCAACAAGCCCACCUACUGCUGCGUCUGUUCCCAACACAUCCUCCAAGGGGCUUUCUGCGACUGCUGCGGCGUGUGCGCCGACGAGCAGUGCCUUCGCCGGGCCGACCGGAGCCUGCCGUGCAAGGAGAUCAUGGCCCCCUGUAGCCCCGACGGAGCCAUGGAGCACCGCUGGGUCCGCGGAAACGUCCCCCUCGCCAGCUACUGUGGAGUAUGCAAACAACAGUGUGGGACCCAGCCAAAGCUCUGCGACCUCAGGUGUGUGUGGUGUCAGACCACAGUGCACGACGACUGCAUGGACAGCCUGGCAGAUGCAGACCAGUGUGACCUGGGCGAAUUCCACAGCCUCAUCAUCCCACCUCACUACCUCUACCGAGUCAACAAGCUCCGCCGCAGGCAACCCGACGAGUACUGCAAGCUGGCGUCUUCCUGUGGCAGUGGUUGGACUCCAGUUCUGGUCUUGGCUAACACGCGUAGUGGUAACAACAUGGGGGAGGCUUUGCUGGGAGAAUUUCGCACCCUUCUGAAUCCUGUGCAGGUGUUUGACCUGUCUGAGCUGACUCCCUCCAAAGCUCUCCAGCUGUGCACCCUGCUGCCCCCCGGCAGUGUCCGGGUGCUGGUGUGUGGGGGUGACGGCACAGUGGGCUGGGUGCUGGAUGCCAUCGAUACUAUGAAGCUGAAGGGCCAAGACCAGUUUAUUCCAAGGGUGACCAUUCUGCCUCUGGGGACCGGAAACGAUCUUUCCAAUACUUUAGGCUGGGGUGCAGGGUAUGCUGGAGAGAUCCCUGUGGAACAGGUUCUACGUAACAUCCUUGAUGCAGAGGUGGUCAAAAUGGACAGAUGGAAAGUGCAGGUGGCUUCAAAAGGCCUCUACUUUCGUAAACCAAAGGUUCUGUCCAUGAACAACUACUUCUCUGUGGGGCCUGACGCUCUGAUGGCACUCAACUUCCACACACACCGCGAGAAAACACCCUCUUUCUUCUCCAGCCGGAUCAUCAACAAGGCUGUUUAUUUCCUGUAUGGCACCAAAGAUUGUUUAGUGCAGGAAUGUAAGGAUCUGGAUAAGAGGAUUGAGCUGGAGUUGGAUGGGGAGAGGGUGCCACUGCCUAGUCUGGAAGGAAUCAUUGUUUGUAAUAUUGGCUACUGGGGUGGAGGCUGCAGACUCUGGGAGGGUAUGGGAGAUGAACCCUGCCCCCCCACACGGCUGGAUGACGGUCUGCUGGAGGUGGUGGGUGUGUUUGGCUCCUUCCACUGUGCUCAGAUCCAGGUCAAACUGGCCAAUCCUGUACGACUGGGACAGGCCCAUACUGUCAGGCUGGUUCUGAAGAGCUCCAAGAUGCCCAUGCAGGUGGAUGGGGAGCCUUGGGCCCAGGGUCCCUGCACCAUCACCAUCACCCAUAAGACGCAGGCCUUCAUGCUGUACCACAGCGCCGAGCAGACGGACGAUGAUGACGAUGAAUCCAGUGCCUCUGAGACAGAGAGCCCAACCCCGCAUGACUCACCGAGGCCCGCGGGGCUGCCGUCCGCUCGUGCAUGACCCACCCCAUACAUGAUGUGGUCUGAAGCUCUUAGUUUCUGUCUUCUUUCUAAAAGCCCAGUUUCUUAUGAAUCUCUCAUUGGAAUGGCACUCACCCGCCCUCCUCUCAGAUUUUUGAACACAGUUUAUCCUUAAAGCAUAGGGAUCGAGAAAAUCGUAAUUUUCCUUUCCAGUCAUUUCAUAGAGAGCUCACAGGGGUUAGAAAGGUCAGUUUUUCAAUGGGGCUGGUGUGAUUUGAUUUUGGGUCCUCUGUCUCCACACUCCUCAUUUAUUGUGACCCAGAGCUCAGGCAGUUCCCCCAAAGGUGGGGCAGUCAGGAGCAGCUGAAUGUUUGGAGAAAGAUUGCCGUUUAUUUGCACUGAUCCCUUGUGCCAUAGAUAUCUAAAGUUGACUAUACUGUAUUUAUUAUGCUAUAUUUACAGUUAAAUGCCCAGCGCAGCCCUGCAGGUAUCAGUGGGCCAUUUCAACGAGUUGCCCAAACUCAGUUGACCAAAUCCUCUCAAAGCCAUGUCUCAAUCAACAGCAGGUGAUACAGUGCUUUUGCAGUUUGACUGGAGCUACAUACCAAGCAUUGGUCAUUACUUUUUUUCCUCUUUUAUUCCAAUAAGAGCACAAACAAACAAAAACAUUUUCUGCAAAUGAGAUAGUUGGAUAGUUAGCCAGCUAGUAGACUCCAUUUGAUUGUGGGUGAAUUGUAAAUCUGUCUCGAAUUCCCCGUUCAGGUUCUUCACAGCGUUGUUAGUUUAAGUGUCUCCUGCUUUUGUCCCCUAAGGUAAGGCUUUAAAAUGUGUAUGUUGGCCGCGAGGUCUCUGUUACAACUGCAAUGUGUUGUCAAUCACUGGACAUCGAUGUGAGUUUGCUGACUUGAUGAGGCACUGUCUCAAGUAGCUCAACAAACAGGUUGUACCAAGAUGCAUUCUUAAAACUAUAUUUAAUUGCUUGUGAAAGCUACAGGAAACAACAUGACUUGUUUACUUUAUUUUGAAAUUAUUGCCAAGUUGUUCAGUUGUUCAUGUAAGACCUUUUUGUGUUUCCUCAUAUUUACACAGUUCCUCUUGUUUACAUAUUUUGUGCUGCACUGUUUUAGCACUUACACUAAGAAACACUGUACAUUGCUUAGGACAUACAUGACACCAUAAUGUUGAGCUUGGAUGUUGCUAUCGAUCGUGAUAACUGCUGACAAGAUUAGGAUGUCCCUUGUUUUUGUUUUACGUUAAUCAAGUCAUCCUUUUGCAUUUCAUCAUUUGUGUUUUACCCAAUAGUCACCACAAGAUGGCAGACUAAAGGCAGUAUUUUGUGUAGACAAACCUUUGCAAUUUAAUAUAAAUACAAUUAGAUACUUGCAUGUACUUCUCUGUGUAUGCUUCAUGUGACAUUGAUCUAUCUGUUGGGUUUUAUUGAUUGCAUCUUCCCUGUAUUCUACGUAAUGUGUGCCAGAGGUUAUUUGUGUUUCUGCCUGUCCAAUAGCCAACCUGUAGGGAAAUUAAUUUUACCGUUUGAGGUGGUCCCAUUAAGAAUGGAGAAGAAAUUGCCUGUUGCUCACAGCCAUAUCAGAAAAGUCUGGUGAAUGUUAGUUUAAUCUUUGUUAGGAACCGGGAGCCAACUUGCUGCUCUUAAGGCUGAACAGGGAUCAGUUUUUAGCCGCAUGAUGCCUAUGCUUUUGGAAUAUGCACUUCCUUGGCAGGUAACCAAGCCUCAUGGUUUCAUCACUGUUUGUUUGGUGAAUGUCUUCUUGCUCAAGGACACCUGUUGGAUCUUUGACCUGAUCUAUGUUUACCAGAGUUGUGUGUGUGUUGUGUUGCGCUGAAUUAGCUGAAAUGUAAGCGGGUGUUGUUGUUGUUUUUAGCCACAUUAGCAGCAUGGCUCUAGUUCAAAAUAGUGUUUUCGAGUGAGAGACUUUGGUAACUGUUUGAAUUGUGGGGCAAUUUGGUACAUUGAUGGUCCUCAGAGAAUGAAUCCUAAUGUUUUUUUUUUAAUCAAACCAACAUUGCUCACAGAACUGCUUGCAAGUAUUCUUUGCAGGAUUUGUUGGUUGGAGUGUGUAACAACAGCACUCCUCCCCAGCUAAGUGACAGUGAGAAUGCAGCUGAAGCGCACACUUCCUCCUGUCCACUGUGGCAUCUCCUCUCUCUGUGUGUGUGUGUGUGUUUGUGGCUCCAGCCUGCCCUCAGUCAAACGCACACGGACCUGUUUAUUUCUCUGUUUUUAAGCCAUCAACAAAUAAGUUAAAAUUUAAAAUUUAUUAAAACUCACAGGGUUGCUAGUGUGGCUAAAGACUUUAACUUGUCUUGCUGUUAAAAGUUGGAGGGACAUGACUGUGAUGUUAUUGUUUUGGAUGUUGCCAAUUCAAAACUGUUUAUUAUUGCUUAUUAAAUCUUGGCAAAAGUAGAACAGCCUUUAUAUGGACUCAGUUUGGCAAGUUUCAGUGUUGUUCAAUGUUGUGUUAAUCAGAAUACUUUCAUUUUUCAUAUAUAUUACUUCUUUGCUGUCAGAUGUCUGUAGAAAUGAAGAGAACCCCAAAGGUUGAUAAGACUGACUGCAGUAUGGUCUUUAAAGGAGCUUUAUGUGGCCUCUGCUAGAGAGAAAUGAAAACACAAAAACUGCGUGUGGGAGGAAAAUAAGCUUUUAUUGAUUACAAUCAUGUAAAAUAAAGCUAUUUAUGGAAACAGUUUCAAUUUCCCCAAAAGAGGAUUUGGGGAAAUUGUUACUACGGGUGAUAAAAAUGAAUUUUGAUUGAACUGAAUGUAAUGAAGUGAUGUUUUGAAUUGGAAGACAUUCCCAUAAAUAUUUUCAUACAGAA